AUGUUCGCAGCCCGGAUGGGUUACGACCGGUGCCAGGUGUCCGUCAAGUCUGUGGACACCAUCCAGGUCCGGUCCGACCGGUUCGUCGUGUUGGUCGUCGGCGAGAUGAUGUGCCCGUGGGGAAGCGUCCCGGAGGGCCGGAAGUUUGUUCAGUCGACGGUGGUCAGGUGGUGCUUACCGUGCAAGUUCUCCAUCAUCGGCUCGGUGUUCAUGUUCGACGACGCGAUCUCCGAGCUCGGCAGUCUCGAAGAAAACACCACCUGCACCGACGACGGUGACGACUGCCAACCGAAAUCACCGACACCAUCACUGGCCGGCACACAAGCAUUGCCAUCUCCACCGUCGGCCACACACACAGUGCCGCCCGACAUCAAGAAUGCCGAGUGCGUGCACUGCCGGACAGCUUGA